AUGGUGAUGAUGGUGCGGUUCACGGGGGGCUCCGUGGUGAGCGAGUUGGGGGAGUCGCCGUGCACCUGGCUACCCUCGGUGCGACCCGCGCGCUACGCGGGGGAGCAGAACCUGGAGGCGUUCAGACCCCCACUGGACACCAAGGUGUUCUACCGCACGGUGCGGGAGAUCGCGGCGGGCGAGGAGCUCCGCGUGUGGUACUCCGCGUCGCUUGCGCACAGCGCCGGCAUCGCGUCCGGCACCCCCCCGCCCGUGCGGGACGAGAGAGGCGAGGAGCGCUACGUGUGCUGGCGAUGCCGCAAGUCGUUCCGCUACCCCAACACCCUCAAGGCGCACUCGCGCUUUAGCUGCCCCUGCGCUCCCGGGGCUCCGCGCUCCCCCAGGGGGGGGCCGGCCCCCCCCCUCCGCCUGCUGGGGCCCGUGCCGCCUCUCCUCCGCGCCCAUCCCCUCUCUCUUCGCGCAUCCCAGGCGUCCCCCCGCCGAGCAGGACGGGGCCCUGGACAUGAGCGUGCCGGGGGCCAAGGCGGGCGGCGAGGCGGAGGGGGGCCCCGGGCCCCGAUCUGCGGGGGGCGGCCCCCUCGGCUUCCACCCGAGCAUCAAAUCCGCGUUCCGCCCGCCGCUCCGAAUCGGGCCCCCCCCCGCCCCCUCCAUCCAAAGCGGCGGCGGCUGGAGGCGGCGGCAGAGCGGAGCUGUGCGCCGAGGGGCACGGGCGGGGUGCCCCGGGGGGUGGUGCCGCCGCUCCCCCCGGGGCUCGAACCCCCUCCGUGCCUCCCGCCGCGCCACGCCGCCGCGGCCGCGGCCGCCGCCGCCGCCGCGGCCGCGCUGCUCACCUACAAUCGCUGCUACUUCCCGCUGCCCGCGCUGCCCUCGGCGGCGCUGCCCUUCCACCGCCUCGACUGCGACGCCUUCCCCGCCGACUACGGCCUGGGGCUGCUGCCGUACGCCUCCAUGCUGGCGGCACCCCCGCCCUGCGCCAAGCUGCUCCACUUGGGCGCAGGAGGCGGAGCGGCGUUCGCCGCGCGCGGCGGCGGCGGCGGCGGCGUCCUGGGCGGCGGCGGUGGUGGCGGUGGUGGAAGCUACCUGGCACCGCCAGGUAAGGAGCUGUCCGUCAUGACCAACAUCGACCGCGAGAUCGCGAUGCACACGCAGCAGCUCUGCGAGCUCGCCGCCGAGAAGAGCCGCUCCCACCACCACCACCACCAGCAGCACCACCACCAGCACCACCAGCAGCACCACAACCUCAACCACCACCACCACCACAACCACCUCGACUCGGCAGCCGCCGCUGUCGCCUCGUCGCCCGCCUCCCAGCUCCUGGCGAGCGGCGGCGGCGGCGGCGGCGGCGUCGUCGUGGCGUCGAAGCCCAAGAAGGGCCACCUGUGCCUGUACUGCGGCAAGCUCUACUCGCGCAAGUACGGCCUCAAGAUCCACAUGCGCACGCACACGGGCUACAAGCCGCUCAAGUGCAAGGUGUGCCUCAGGCCCUUCGGCGAUCCCAGCAACCUGAACAAACACAUCCGCCUGCACGCCGAGGGGAACACCCCGUACCGGUGCGAGCACUGCGGCAAGGUGCUGGUGCGCCGGCGCGACCUGGAGCGCCACGUCAAGUCGCGACACCCCGACCGCUCGGCGCCCCCCCCAGCCAACGCCGUCGGGCCCGGGGCGCAGCAGCAGCUGCAGCAGCAGCUACUGCUGCAGCCGCGCCGCGAGAUGUUGGUGGCGGGGGGGGAGCGCGUCAGAGCCGUCGGGCAGUUCUACGGCCUCGGGCGGGUGCACGCUGAGCAGCGGCGCGGCCGAUACGGACACGUGGACGCCGCUCACGAAGAUGUCGACGAUGGCGACGAUGUCGUCGUCGGCGGCGGCGGCGGUGGUGGUGAUGAUGAUGAUGAUAGCGACAUUGAUGUGUGUUCCACGGAGGGACCCAGCGAGCCGGACUCGGAGAGGAAGCGCGAAUGAAUGAGUGAAGAUCCGCGCCUGCGCGCACGUGCGCACGAGGAAGAGGCGUCGCGAACCGUACACGCCGAUUGUCGCGAACCGUACGCGACGACUGUCGCGAAUUGUACGCGACGCGGGUCGCGUCCUCCGAGCGAACCGGCGGUGACUUCCCCCGCUCGCGUCUCGCCGGGCCGCGUCGCGAAUCCCGCGGCUCCAAGUCGCGACUCAAUGACGUUAUUUAUUAUUGUCGCGAAUGGCGCGGAGGUGGUUGACUGCGGCCGCCUUUGUAUCCCCCAGUGGUAAUUGUUCUCGUGUCACCCAAUGUACUCGUUGACGGCUGAGUCGACCUACGGGAGGCCCGCGACGUGUUCAGAUGUUCGUCACUGAUGGUGGCCAUGAGCGGGAAUCGAACUGGGCGAUGACUGCUGCACCACCGCUCCCCGCAUC